AAGAGGAAAUUUCGAAUUUCUUCUCGUUCUUAAGUAACCUAUUUAAAUAUUUAAUUGCGGGCGAAAAAUAAAUCAAUCAAUACUUGAAUGGUGGCCCUCUAUUUUUAGAAACAGCAACUGAAGACAGAUCUAUUUCUGGUUGCCGAUUUCAAUAGCAGGUGGCGCAAUCUUGGAACUGUAAGGUCCGUUACCACGCCUACCGACAGUUCUAUUUCUCUGUCUUUGGCACUUUAUUCUGAAUGAAACAAAAAUGACUCACUUUAGUGAACUGGUGUUGUCUAUUUAAUUAUACUACAUAUGAGAAUAGGUCGGAAGGAUUAUUCAUUACCCUAUAUCUACUCAUUUUGUGAAACUCAAUUUCAAAGAAGUUCGUAAUAAACUACAGUUCUGUUCUAAGACCGCACCUUUCUGUUCGUAGUUUGACAGUGUUCAAGUGCUAGUGAAUAACGAUUAGAUUUAGGUAAUGGACAGAUAAACAUUUUGUAAAUAUUUGAAAUUUGAUCAAAAACCAUGACGAGACUGCUUAUAUAUUGUGCUUUGGUAGCUACCAUAGGCUUUUCUACAGGCAGAGAAAUCCCUUCACCUCCGUAUAUUAUAAAACAGCCUCCUACUGAUGAAGUGAUGUUCCAUGUGGAAAAGGAUGGUGAAAAUGAUAAACCUUUCUAUAUAGAAUGUGAAGCAACUGGCGAGCCGGCUCCAACCUAUUCUUGGGUGAAAAACGGCAAGCCCUUCGAAUGGCAAGCUUACGACGACAGAAUUUCCCAACAGCCAGGCAGGGGUACCCUCUCCAUAGCCAAGCCUCAAGAUGUCGAUCUUGGUCAAUACCAGUGCUUCGCCAAGAACGAAUACGGAAUUGCCACUUCCAAUUCCGUGUUUAUGCGAAAGGCCGAACUGAAUUCCUUCAAAGUACAAGCGCCAGUAUCGCUUAGUGGAGAAGAAGGCAAACCUUUCAAACUGGAAUGUCACCCACCUGACGGUUGGCCAAAGCCGGUGGUGCACUGGAUCAUCCUGUACACCAAUGGAGGUUUCAAAACUAUAAACAGUUCGAGAAUGACUUUGGAUCCGGAGGGUAACCUGUGGUUUUCCAAUUUGACCAAGCAGGACAGUACCGAUAAUUUCAUGUAUGCUUGCGCUGCAACUUCGCCAACAAAAUUCGAAUAUAAAUACGGCAACAGGGUGCUUCUCAACAUUAUAUCGUCAACCGCUUCGGCAGCUCACAAUAAACACGAGCCAGUGCUACAAUACGUCACCAAGAAACAGGAAGUAGCCCUUAGGGGAAAAAGGGCAGAACUUUUCUGCAUAUACGGUGGAACACCGCUACCACAGACGGUUUGGCGAAAAAAUGGCAAUCUCUUACAGUCUUCAGAAAGGAUAACUCAAGGAAAUUAUGGAAAAUCCCUUAUAAUUAACAUAGUCGAUUUCGAUGACGCUGGUGCCUACACUUGCGAAGUCAGCAAUGGAGUUGGGGAAGCUAAAUCGUAUUCUAUAAAUCUUCAGGUCAUUUCCGCUCCUUACUUCACUCACGAGCCCGAGCGUGUGAAUGCGGCAGAGGGCGAGACUGUGGAGUUCAGAUGCGAAGCUUCUGGUUCUCCCGAACCCGAGAUCAAGUGGAUAUACAACGGUAAACCGCUACAGGACGCACCACCCAAUCCGAGAAGGAGCGUAUCCACCAAUAAAAUUGUGAUUUCCAACUUGGAGAAGAAAGAUACCGCAAAUUACGGUUGUAACGCUACCAACUCCCUGGGUUACGUUUACAAGGACGUCUACGUGAACGUUUUAGCUUUGGCGCCGGAGAUCACUGAGGCUCCUAGCAACAUGCAAGCCGUCGACAAUCAGAACAUCAACAUAACCUGCAGGGUUCUGGGUGCCCCGAAGCCGAUUAUCAAGUGGAUUCACAACGGAAAAGAAUUGACUGGCGGACGUUUCACCACCCACGAGAACGGGAAUUUACAAAUCACCGGUUUACAAUUCGACGACGGUGGCGAUUACAUAUGUUUUGCCGAGAAUAAGUUUGGAAAUGCUAGCGCAAACGCGAAACUCGAUAUAAAGGCCCAUACCUACAUCACCGACGGUCCGGAAGAUUACGAAGUGGAAGCUGGAACAUCUGCAACGUUCAGGUGUAACGCUGUGGCCGACGAUUCGCUCAACCUGGAAAUUGUCUGGUUGAAAAACGACGAACCGAUAGAUUUCGACGGAGAGGCGCGAUUUGUUAAAUCUUCCGACUAUUCCUUGACGAUUACGAAGACGAUAGAACUCGAUUCUGGUACUUACACCUGCAAGGCCAAGACCGAACUGGACGAAGCCUCUGCUAAGGCUCAAUUGACUGUCCAAGCCGUACCAAAUCCGCCUGAACUGAGAAAUCUGAAAUGUAACGCUAAAGAUGCUACUAUCGAUUGGAUAUCAAUGGGUGAUAACCGUACUCCAAUUCUACAUUAUAUCAUCCAGUUCAAUACCAGUUUCACGCCUGACACUUGGGAGGAUAUAUUCGAUGAGGUUCCAGCAGCGGAAAUGAGUUACAAUGUUCCUCUGAGUCCUUGGGCCAAUUACACGUUCAGGGUGAUCGCCCAGAACAAGAUCGGCAAAUCUCAGCCAUCCUCCCAUUCCGACGUGUGUUCUACGCCGCCCGAGGUACCACACAAGAACCCCGACAACGUGAAAGGCGAAGGCGACAGGCCCAACAACUUGGUGAUAACCUGGACGAGGAUGCCGGAAAUCGAGCACAACGCCCCGAAGUUCCAAUACAAGGUGUUCUGGAAGAGGGACAUCCCCGGCCAGAAUUUCACGGUCGUCGACGUUUACGACUGGAAACAGGACAGGUUCGUCGUGGACAACCAGCCGUCGUUCCAGAGGUACAGGAUCAAGGUGAUUGCGAUGAACGAGCUGGGAGAGGCCGACGUGUCUCCCAAAGAGGUGAUCGGUUACUCCGGCGAGAGCGAACCUGAGCAGGCGCCCACCAACUUCACCGUGUUACAAGUGGAAGGUCCGACCACCGCCCUUCUGAGCUGGAACCCCGUAGAUCCGGAAUCCGUGCACGGGCAUUUCAAGGGGUACAAGAUAAAGACGUGGAGCGACGCGUCGCCGAUCAAGAACGAGAUACAAGUCCAAGGCGACGCCGUUAAAGCCCUGAUCACGAAUUUCGUACCGUUCACGCAGAAUUACGCGUGCGUGUACGUGUACAACGGAAAGUACAACGGUCCCCCCAGCGCCACCUUGAGGUUCAAGACGCCAGAGGGCGUGCCCGGGCAGAUGGACUUCCUGGAGGCGUAUCCCCUGGGUUCCUCCGCCUUCCUGUUGCGCUGGGAGAAACCCGAAAGACCCAACGGCAUCUUGACUGGUUACAACAUCUACUACGCCACCAUCAAGCCGAACAUGAAGGUGGACGGGCCGAUACCCAGGAACCCGCAGAUCUUGGAUCCCAACGUCAAACGGGCCAAAUUGGCAGGUCUGAAGGCCGGUACCAAAUACAGGAUAUUCAUAGCGGCUACGACGGCCGUUGGGGAGUCCGAAAAAUUGUUCAUCGAACGUUCCACGAAACCGCUGGGUUCCUACGAGCCGGCCAAGCCGAAUUUCGAAUGGGAAACGAUCAAGGACGGGCUGACCUCGUCGGUCAAGGUGCACUGGCUGCCCAGCGAGAACGGCGAUCCAGGGUCCCAUUUCUACGUCAAGUAUAAGAAGAAGGGCGAAACCACCUACAGGCAGACUCCCCCGGAGAUGAACGAAGAUUUUCAAGUUGUAGCAGGAUUGGAAAGUGGGGAGGUUUACGAAUUCGUUGUAGUUUCUGUCGACGGAAACUACAAUAUACCCAGUGACGUGCAAGAGGUCAGCACUUACGACGCCAAUGGUAUUGUAAUUGUUCCGAAAGAGAAUGUUGCUACUGCUGGUUGGUUCAUUGGCAUGAUGCUGGCAAUAACCUUCCUCCUCAUCUUGUUCAUAAUUGUUUGUAUUAUCAAGAGAAACCGUGGUGGAAAGUAUGCGGUACACGAAAGGGAACAAGCUAAUGGAAGGCAUGAUUAUCCAGAUGAGGGUGGUUUUCACGAAUACUCGCAGCCGCUCGACAAUAAAUCUCAUGGCAGAACUUCGAUGAGCAGUGAACCAAAAGUAGGGCCAGAAAGUGAUACAGAUUCAAUGGCUGAAUAUGGAGAUGGCGAUACAGAGGGUAUGAAUGAGGAUGGUUCAUUUAUAGGCCAAUAUGGCCGAAAACGAGCCCAAGGAGAGACAUCAUCACAAGGUUUUGCCACCCUUGUUUAACCUGUCGUUUCACAGAAGAUGGUUCGUUUAUUGGUCAGUAUGUGCCCAGCAACAUGAAACAUUUAGGUUCCAAUGCAGGUUCCGCAGGUGCGAUUAAAAAUUCCAUGGCGACAUACGUUUAAAUAUAGAACGUAAAAAAAGCGUUUGGAAAAAAUCAAAUUACUGCUAAUAGGCAAACUAAGAGACAACUAAUAGUAACUUUGAGAUAUUUGUUUUAUAAAAGUGAUCUUUUUUUUAUUGUUUAACAAUAAUUUUUAAAGAAUAUCAUUUCGUCCAUAUUAGAUGUAAAUAGCGCGUAUGUUAAUUUGAAUUUGAAAUUAACACUUAGUAAUUUAUUUUUGUUAUGAUUUCACAUGCUUUAAAAAAAUUCUCUCUUUUCUCUAUUUAGUAUUAAGUAUUCUCAAACGAAUUAAACUAAUCAAAAUAAAUUUACUGUGCAGAUUACAAAAAUCGCGACAUUGAUCUUAAUGUUGAUGCUUAGAAAUUUCCCGGUUUCCUGAUGUUCUUGAACAGCUAAUUUGUAAACAUUACUAACAGUUUGCGAUGUAAUUCAACUAGUAUUUCCAAGAAUUAUGCGUUGAGAUAAGUUCAAUGCUUUAUAUGAAGUGGUUCCAUAGGCGGUUAUAUUUUUGAAGUUUAAUAAUACGUUUUUGAUUUUUGAUAUUAUAUGGUGUUAUAUUUUGAAUCUCGAGCAGCUAUAACUUAUUUUGUUGCUCCUUUGAAAUCUCGAAAUGUAAGACUAAAUUUCAACUGAAUUGAUUCUCAUAAAUAUGUUGACACUGCCUAUUUGAAAGUAAUGUAUCAUUUUUAUGUAAUUAGAUUAGAUUUCAAAUUGUAUUUAUACAAAUAUUUCACUGUUCUUCAAUACUUCCGACUUUUUUGUAGUUGACUUAAGUCGCUCAAAAAUAACUAGGAUACUUUAGAAAAUUUUUUGUUGUCUGAUUACUCAUAUUUGACUGGAUGUUCAGGAAACAUUUCAAGAUUUCUUGAAUAUAUUUUUCUGAGUCCUAUAGUUAAAUGCUGUUCUUUUUCCAUUUUAUUAGUUCAAUUUCUUAGAUACCUAAACACAGGGGUAUUUCAUAUAUUGACUUCUUGUAUAUUUUAUAUGUUGUUGACAGCUUACAAAGACUGAUCAGGACAAGGAUUCUUAAGAUAUUAAAAUUAUUGAAAUUUCUUAUGUGUCUUCAAUUCCAAUAAACUUUAUUUCUAUAAGAGGGUGUAAAGCAAGCGUCAAUUGGCUUUUUGUAAAAGGAUGAGGUGCUAGUACCGUAGGUAUAUUAAUUUGUUAUCUGUUUGUUGCUUGUUAUAUUUAUUAAUUACCUAAUCGGUAGCGGAGAUGCAAUGAACCGACUUGAAUGAUUUGAAUCUGUGCAAAUAGCCAAUGAAUCGUCAUCGAUUGUGUAAGCUUUUGUAGAUAAGAUCACCUUACCUACUUUUAGCUCGUUUAAUUUUUUUAACUCAUGUGAAUAAGGCAGCUCUCCCAAAUAAAACUUAAUAUUUCGCCUCACUUUCGUUGCAUCCCUGUAUUAUUAUUUGGAUUGGGGUAGUGAUUUGGUUUCACUUGAAAUUUUUUUUCGCUUGUUCGAAAUUCAUGUAUGUCCACUGGUGAACAUGUCUUGGAAAUUGGAUUAAGGGUAAAAAACUGUGUUGGUUAUAAAUAUGAUAUGUUGUUUGCAUGGUAUGUUUAUAUGUGGACAAGGAGGGUAUUCGAUCUCCGUUCUUUGAAAGUCGUUACUCCUGAUUAAUUCUGAAGGUAAACAUAGUUUUCCGAUGCACAAAUAUAUUCCAGCUUGCCUGGUCUGAUGAUUUUCAGAAACGAAAAGGGAGUGACGACUUGUCAACAUCACUGUAUAUUCUGUUCAUCUUGCUAUCAUAUAGACAUAUUUAUAUAUAUUCUUUGGCAGUUAAAUUUGCACUGUUGGAUAUUUGGUAAGAUAUUUAACAUAUAUUUGAAUAUUAAUUGCAGCAUAAAAUGCUUUAUUGGUCAUUAUAUCAAAAGUAUUUUUUUAUGUCUUGUAAAAAAUAUUAUAUUUUUGGUUCACCUUCAUCAAGUUGUCGUGCAUAUUGUAUAGAUUAAAAUGUAAAAAAAGCUUUUCAAUUUCUAUGAGCUGUAUAUUUUGGUAAACAUAUAUUACAAUGUUUGUACCACAUUACCACUUUCAUGUGAAUGCCUUUUGCUGUUAUGUUUAUUUUUUUACAUAAACCUUUAUUUCAUCAGAAAUGUCGUACUUUUUGCACUAAAUAAAAUUUAUAAAAAUUAA